AUGGGACGGCAACAAUCUAAACGGGCAUCCAGUGCCGACAUGCCAGAAGAUGACGAUGUUCUAAGUCCUAUCUCCUGUGAGGUAUGCAGGCAGCGGAAAUGCAAAUGCGAUCGCAGACUGUAUGCAGAAACUCCAACCUUCGUAUCCCCCCCCUUCAUCGGAGCUUUUUGGUCACUGACAUGCCCCUGCAGCCCGUAUUGCUCUCAAUGCUCCAACGAAUCAUCAAAAUGCAAAUAUCCUGAAAGCGGCAAGAGAGGCUUGCCUCUCGGAUAUUUAAAUCAAUUAGAGCAAAGACUUGCAGAGACUGAGUCGGCCCUUUAUGGUGCUCUCAUGACAUUGAGCUCAAUGGGUCCAACAACUACUUUGCUCCAAGCCACCACGAAGACGGAUUCGCUACAAAAAUCGAAAGCUGCACGAAUGGAUGAAUGGUCGCGAUUGCCGCUUCGAGGUUGGCCCGACAUAUACCACUGGAAGGCAUCCAUGUGCGAUCAAUUUACCCUCAAUCAGUCGCAAGAGGUACCGCUCGUGGAUCACUCGACAGCUAGUCAUGCCAUUUCAGCUUCGCCUGCUGCGACUACCAUCCACAGUCACAGCCCUCAAGGUGAAUUAGAAACUCCGGGGCCGGCUAGCUUUGCGUGGCACCCAGGCGGAAAUGUCAACAUGGGCAGUCCCUAUAACGCCUAUCUUCGACCUCCCGGGAUGGUUUCUUCUCCGACAUAUUUGAGGGACCCAGCUCCGGGUCCAGCAGAGACCAUAGUUAAUCCAUUUCCUGACUUCAGUACCGCCACGGUGACGGGUAAUAGUGGGAAAGAAGACGAGCAUUCCACGAUGGCGGACGAGCUAUCUAAAAGCAAGCCUAGCAUAUACUUCUAA